GCUGCUAAUAAACACGUCACCCAGAGCUCGGUCCGAGUCAGGCGAAGUGCGCAGCUCCGAAUUGUGUAACUAACAGCCUCGGCAUGCUCGCGGAGGCCCGAGGAGUUGUCGCGCGCACUCAGCAGUACAGUAAGGUUUCUGUGGGAUAGCUGUGUCAGUUUUCGCUGCUGGGACGCCUUUGCUGCUGUUUUUCGGAGAGCGGGUACGCGGAGUUCUGCGCGUGAGCCGCUGGAGUGAAGGCAUCGGUUAUGAACGUCUGAACGUGUAUGUUGAGUGACGGCCGUCCUGUGUUUGAGGUGUUUUAGGCGAUGGAGGUGAUGGAGGAGGCAUCCGGUGCUCGCCUCUGUCCCGCUAAAGCCCCGGGCAGCCUGAUGAAGUGGAGGAAGAGGGUCAAGUCUGAGUACAUGAGGCUCAGGCAACUGAAGCGCUUCCGCAAGGCCGAGGAGGUGAAAGUGAGGACGCCUGCGCACAAUCAUACACGCACGUAUACACACAAUCAGCAGCUCUUACUGUCAGGAUCCUUACACAGGGAUUUACUUUGUCGAGAACAGGCUCUGUUCCUGUCAAAUAGGCGCAAGAUCGAGGGAAGGACGGACCUGUUAAAUGAGGAGUGGUCUAAGCUCAGGAUCCAGUCCAUCCCUCUGUCCACACCGAGUGGCUCACUGGCCAGCAAGAAGUGCAUGGUGGAGUUCGGCUUUCCAUCAUUCCCCAGCCAGGCAGUUGCCAUGAAACCCCUGACAACCGUUGCCGGGAUACCAUUCAUGUACUCCUGGUCCCCCUUGCAGCAGAACUUCAUGGUGGAGGACGAGACAUUUCUCCACAACAUCCCUUAUAUGGGUGAUGAGGUACUGGAGCAGGACGAAGCUUUUCUUGAGGAGCUCAUAGAUAACUAUGAUGGAGUCCAUGGGGAUAGAGCAAUUUAUUAUGAGCUGUACACAAACCCCGAAGAGAUCAGGAGAGGGGACAGAGGCUUCAUAAACGAUGAGAUCUUUAAGGAGCUAGUGGAGGCGCUCAGUCAGUAUUCGGAUCAGGACGAGGAUGAGGAGGAGAGCACGGGGGAGGAGGAAGAGAAGGAGGAAGAGGAAGAGGAGGAGAAGGAGCGAUGCCUGAGGAAGAGCGCGGGAGAGGGUUUGGCGGAGAACAAGGCCGGAUCUCUGGCCUUUAAGAGGAAGCGCAGGAGAGUCACUGAGGGCAGUGAGCUGUCUCUCAGUAAGAAAAUGCCUCACGACAAGAUCUUCACCGCCAUUGCGUCCAUGUUCCCUUACAAAGGCACGACGGAGGAGCUCAAGGAGAAGUACAAGGACCUGCUGGAGCCUGCGAGUGCAGUCAAGCUUCCUCCUCUCUGCACACCCAACAUGGACGGCCCCUUCGCCAAGUCUGUGCAGAGAGAACAGAGUCUGCACUCCUUCCACACACUCUUCUGCCGCCGCUGCUUCAAAUACGACUGCUUCCUCCACCCAUUCCACGCCUCCCCUAACGUCUAUAAGAGGAAGACUAAAGAGAUCCGGAAGGAGACGGAGCCCUGUGGAUUAGACUGCUUCCUGCUACAGAAAGGAGCGAAAGAGUUUGCGGACCAGUACAUGUUGAGGUCACGGAGGUCUCGUCGGCGCCGUCGUCAGCCACGCCCCUCCAGCUCAACAGGCCCCGCCCCAUCAGGGUCAGCCGAGGAGAGGAAGGAUGGAGAGAGUGACCAUGAGACCACAAGUUCCUCUGAGGGUAACUCUCGGUGUCCCACCCCCACUAAGCUGAGGCAGGGUGAGGAGCUGGCGGAGGAAGGCGAGCCUCCUCUGCAGUGGAGCGGCGCAGACGAGUCGCUCUUCAGAGUUCUGCACGGAACGUACUACAACAACUUCUGCUCCAUCGCACGCCUGCUAGGCACAAAGACCUGCAAACAGGUGUACGAGUUUGCCGUGAAAGAGGUACUGAUCCAUCGAGUUCCUCUGGAAGAUGGAGGCAUCUCCCCACAAAAGAAGAAAAGAAAACACCGGUUAUGGGCCAAGAUCCAGUUGAAAAAAGAUAAUUCGUCCAAUCAGGUGUACAACUACCAGCCGUGUGAUCACCCCGAGCAUCCGUGCGACAGCUCGUGUCCGUGUGUGAUGACCCAGAACUUCUGCGAGAAAUUCUGCCAGUGUGAUCCGGAGUGUCAGAACCGUUUCCCAGGCUGCCGCUGUAAGACGCAGUGUAACACUAAGCAGUGUCCGUGUUACCUGGCCGUGCGCGAGUGCGACCCCGAUCUCUGCUUGACCUGUGGAGCAUCGGACCACUGGGACAGCAAACAGGUUUCCUGCAAGAACUGCAGCAUCCAGAGAGGACUCAAAAAGCACCUGCUCCUGGCUCCAUCGGACGUGGCAGGUUGGGGAACUUUCAUCAAGGAGCCGGUUCAGAAAAACGAGUUCAUCUCGGAGUACUGUGGAGAGCUUAUUUCCCAGGAUGAAGCAGACAGAAGAGGCAGAAUCUACGACAAGUACAUGUCCAGCUUCCUGUUCAACCUGAACAAUGACUUCGUGGUGGACGCGACACGGAAAGGGAACAAGAUUCGCUUCGCCAACCACUCGGUCAAUCCCAACUGCUACGCAAAAGUCGUCAUGGUGAAUGGGGACCACCGCAUCGGGAUCUUUGCCAAACGGGCCAUACAGCAGGGAGAGGAGCUGUUUUUCGACUACAGGUACAGUCAAGCCGACGCUCUCAAAUACGUGGGCAUUGAGAGGGAGAUUGACGUGGUCUGACUUUCCAACCUUCCGCCUUUCCUGCCCACAAUGCACCUCUCCUCACUCAAGACCACGUUUCUAUAACGUGGUUGCCUGGAUACAUCUUCGGGUUACAAGAAGGGAUUCUGUGAUGUCAUAGCAUUACGAUAACGGUAUGAUAUCAAAGAAUCGCUCAUCACAAAAAAUAUCCAAAAUGAAAAACAAAAAAAGGGGUCACAUAACCCCAUGUUUUCAAUUCCAGACGGAUUUCAUUCAGAAUUAGAAUGCUUUUGUUGGUGUGUAAAAUCAAAUAAAUAAAUAAAAGGACGCCAGUAUUCUUAAUAGAAGUCACUCUUAGAAUCAGCAAUUUCCAAGAAUAUUAGAAGGAAAUCUUAAAAAAUAUUUGAAUACAAAAAAAAGAGAAUAAGCUAACUGUGUUAGCUUAUUCAACUAAUAGCUAAUACAGUAAUUAGCGGUGUAUUAGCAUUCCCAGCGUAACCUGACAAAGUACAGGAAUUCAAAACAAAUCCAAUCUCCAGCUAUAAAAGUUACAGAUAGCUAAAUAUACUAACUUAGCGGUAUCUGUUAUGCUAGCAGCAUGUAGGCUAGUACAGGAAAUAACAGCGUAUGCUAUUGUACUAAUGUGAACGGCUGACGUUCUACUUAAGGACUAGCUAGUCAUAAAUGGUACAGUAGCACUUGCGACAGAGCUAGCGUACGGAUGAUUCGGCAAGUAACGCGGGGAUAUUUGUACUUCAUGUCCACUUAGCUAUGCUAUAGCGCUAACUGAAAAGUUUUUAAAUAAAAAUCACCUCAGACAGCGGUGUCCUUUCCAUCACUCACGUGUUUUUUUUUUGUUUUUUUUUGUUCCCUGACAAGAAAGCAUCAAAAGCUGCUAGUUUGGCUAAUCUGGAGCAGAGAGCGUUCUUCUCUUCAGUUAACCUGUGGUAAACUCUGUACACAAGCUUCUGAAUAGCAGUUUUAGCAUCCUAAUAUAGUCUACAUUAUGUAUAGUUGCAAACUAGGAGACAUAUUUAUGGUUGCCGUUUUAGUUUUGUUCAGUUUAUUCAUACGGAAAUGAAUGAACUUCACAUCUGCAAUAACGUUAUCUUUAGCUAAAAUGCAGUGUACUGUAACGUCAGCCUGUUACUCUAAUGCGCAGCGCUUUGUCGUUGGCUACUUUUGACAUUCAAGCUUUAUUUGUUUGAAAAUGUUUCUAUAACGCUGCCAUCUCAUAUCAGCUACGCUAAUCUGUAUCUCACCGGGAUCCCCGGCUAUUCCAGCGCUAAGCAUCUCGCCUAUGGCUAACUAUGUAGCACAAACAUAUACUUAUUUGUAGGAUGUAAACUAGCAACAAUGGCAGGUAUCUGCAGGGUUGCCAGGUCUCAGCAGAAGUUCUAGCCCAACUACAUCGUUGAAGAAAAAAAAAGAAAGUAAAAUAAAUACAUUUUAAAAUAAAAACACAAUAUGACCUGCCCAAGGAAUUGAGGAAUUGAAAUCCGGAAACAUUUCUGAUGGACAGUAUCUGCAACACAUCUUUUAAUUCACCUGUAACACACAUUAUCCUCUCUAUAAUCCCCCUUACUGUUCCAGUACAUCAUAGAUACACUGUCUGCUCUUACACUUUUACACCCUUUGUUUGCAAUUGCUUAUGUCGGAAAUUAGAUUUCAUUCGAAUUAUUUGCUUUAAAUCAAGAAGAAAUAAAUAAAUAAAUAAAUCCUGAACAUGUAGUAAAAAAAAAAUAAA